GUUCAUUCUGUAGUUGCUAUUCGUGUGUUACUUCAUCACUUUUUUGAAAUCAGAAAGAUAUAUAUAUAUAUCAAUGGCAACUUCGAGUGUGGUAAACGUUCGACCUCCUGCAUUAACUUCUAACUCUGAACCACUCCCAUUUUUUGACGGAACCACAAGGUUGUACAUUUGCUAUCUGUGCCCUUAUGCACAACGUGCAUGGAUAACUAGGAACUGCAAGGGACUGCAAGACAAGAUAGAAUUGGUUCCUAUUGACCUCAAAAAUAGGCCUUCUUGGUAUAAAGAGAAGGUGUACACUCUUAAUAAGGUGCCAUCGUUGGAGCACAAUGGCAAGGUUUUAGGAGAAAGUCUUGAUUUGAUCAGAUAUAUAGAUGCCAACUUUGAAGGGCCAUCUCUAUAUCCAAGUGAUCCUGCUAAGAGAGAAUUUGGUGAGCAAAUGAUAUCCCAUGUUGAUACGUUCACCAGUGGCAUAUACUCUUCAUAUAAAGGAGAUCCUGUACAACAAACCAGUGCUGCUUUUGAUUACUUGGAGAAUGCUCUUGGUAAAUUUGAUGAUGGACCAUUCUUCCUUGGCCAAUUUAGUUUGGUGGAUAUUGCCUAUGUUUCAUUUAUUGAAAGAAUCCAAUUGGUCUUUUCUGAAAUUUUUGAGCACGACAUCACAGCAGGAAGGCCCAAACUAGCCACAUGGAUUCAGGAGGCUAAUAAGAUUGAGGGCUAUAAGCAGACGAAAGUAGACAAGGAGAAGUAUUUGGAAGCUUUCAAGAUAAAGUUUUUGGCUUAAAAGUGAAAGCGGGUUGCUGUUGCACUGGUGUUUAAGAUAAAGUGAAUAAAGAUUUGUUUCAGUUCAGAAGAUGGUGUGUUGUGUCUGCUUGUGUUGCAGUUACUUGAUUUCAAACUUUUGUAUGGGACCAUCAAAUUGUUCCCGAAGUGUAAUAAACUUAAGACGUGAUCUUUUGUUCCCAAAUUAUUUACCUUUCAAAAAUGAACUGAUAUAUAAAAUUUAUCACUAGUUACAUAA